AUGGAGAUUGACUUAGAGCAAUUACAGGACUGCAAACCUGAGGAGGCUAAAUCAAUCAAGAAAUUGCCUACCUUGAUUCACUCUGGAUUAGCGGCUGUUUAUGGCACAGUUGUUUUGAAUCAGAUAGUUCUCUUUUUGGGAACAGAUGAUGGACAGUUACUGAAGGCUAUUCUUAAUGAGGAUAUGGAAUCUAAUUGCCCAGAGGUUUUAUACGAAAUUAAGGAAGAAACCUCUAUUUUCCCCAAACUUCGACUUGAUCCAGUAGAUAACAACUACAUCUAUCUGUCCUCUGCCAAUAAGGUGAGAAGAAUACCAGUUGCAAAUUGUGGUAAAUAUGUUUCUGAGCAAGAAUGCUUAUCUGCAAAGGAUCCCUACUGUGGGUGGUGUUCUUGGAAUCAAAGGUGCACAUUAAAAGAAAAUUGUACACGUUCAAACAGCACAAAGGGUUGGUAUAACAUUUCACAUGCACCUGAUAAAGAUCUGAAAGUCCUGCUAAGUUUCCCUGCCAAAAAUCAGUUUUCUGUGACUGCAAGCAUAAGCAAAAUCCUUACUUCCUGUAUGAUAAAAAUUGUAAAACCUGUUGAAACAUUUUAUGAAAAUGUAGUGCUGAAAAACUCAUCCUGUUUCUGCAAUCUAACCACUCCAGUGAUAACGGAUAAUGCAAUCUGUCUCUUCCUUGUCCUGACAUGGAGAAAUACUGAUGUUUUUCAGGAUAGUUGUAAUGCACCUGCUUCCAAGGAGAUCGCCACAGCACAGGAAACAGAGCAUAUCAGCAUUCAUUCCAUUGAACCUUUGUGGAUUUCUACAUUAGGCAAAAGUGAAAUAACAGUCAAAGGAGAAAACUUUACACAUGCAUCAGGCAUAAAACUGAUAUUGACUGGAACCACCGGCUGUAAACCAGACAUCAUUAAAGUUAGAAAUGUACUAAACGAUACACAAAUGACAUUUGCUCUCCCACCAACACGUAAAGAGGCGAAAAGUAUAUGUAUACAGGCUAAUGGGAAAAAAUGUUCACCACCAAUGACCUUGCAUUAUGUUUCACUGCCGUCGUGUCUUGGAAUCACACCAAAUAGCUCCUGGAUCAGUGGUGGUCGCAGAAUUACUACAAUUGGUAGAAAUUUUAAGGUGGUGGACAGUGUGAUUAUUUCAGAUGACCAGAGAUCAAACCUCACUGUCUCUAAGUGUCCUGGAAAUGAAUCUGACUAUCAUUACUUAACGCCAAGCCUGAGCCAUGCAACAGAGGGUAAAGUUGUUGAUAUGAUGUUAAAAGUGGAAACUACCUUUAUACCAUGUGUGAAAUUACACUAUCACCCUGACCCAGUGUUCAUUAACUACCAGCUACACACUGAGCUGGAUCCUGAUCUGGAAUUAAAAAUAUAUGUAAGUUUGAAAGUAAUAAACUAUAAUUCCUUAUUUAAAAUAAAAGAAAACGACAACUUGAAUAUUUCUAAAACUGAGGUAGAGGUUUAUCUGUCAUAUAUGAGUGGUUCACAGACCAAAAGGAUAUGGUUCAGCGUCCAAAAUAUUACCAAAAAACCAGAUCGUAGCACCAUACUGUGCAAAUUCAAAAGGGAAGGAACAGACAAGAUUGACUUUUCCACAGUGAAAGUUUUUUGUCAGAGCAGCGAUUCUGAAGAGCAUGAGCCACUUGGCCAGCUGGAGGUAAAAUUAGGAAAUUUUGAGCAUGAAGUCAAACCAACAUCAUCACACAUAUAUUUAUAUGUUCUUAUUUUGCUACCUAUUGUAGUGAGUGUCAUUAUAGCGGCAUUCAUAGUUACUAGAUACAAAUCCAAAGAGUUAACUCGUAAACAGAGUCAGCAACUUGAACUGCUGGAAUAUGAGAUUCGGAAGGAAAUCCGUGAGGGAUUUGCUGAACUGCAGAUGGAUGAAUUAGACGUGGUGGAUAGUUUUGGAACUGUUCCCUUCCUUGACUACAAACACUUUGCUCUUAGAACUUUCUUUCCAGAGUCAGGAGGCUUUGCAUCCAUCUUCAGUGAAGACAUGCCACAGAGCAGAGACCAAACGAGCAAGGAUGAAAGCUUCAACAUGUUGCAUGCUUUAAUUUGUAACAAGAACUUUCUUGUUACUCUCAUUCACACCCUUGAAAAGCAGAAAAAUUUCUCUGUGAAAGACAGGUGCUUGUUUGCAUCCUUCUUGACUAUUGCACUACAAACUAAGCUAGUUUAUCUAACCCAUAUUUUGGAAGUGUUGACAAAGGACCUGAUGGAGCAAUCAAGUAAUGUACAGCCUAAGCUCCUGCUCAGACGAACUGAAUCUGUGGUGGAAAAAUUGCUGACAAACUGGAUGUCUGUCUGCCUUUCUGGAUUUCUCCGGGAGACAAUUGGUGAACCUUUCUAUUUGCUAGUGACAACCCUCAAUCAGAGGAUAAACAAAGGACCUGUUGACGCGAUAACUUGCAAAGCUCUGUACACGCUUAAUGAAGACUGGCUGCUGUGGCAAGUGUCUGAAUUCAAAACAGUGGUAUUGAACAUUAUCUUUGAAAAAAUCUCAGAAAAUGAGAGUGGAGAUGCCUGUCAAACUAUCCAAGUUAAUGUUCUGGACUGCGACACCAUAGGCCAAGCCAAGGAGAAGAGCCUUCAGGCUUUCCUUAAUAAGAAUGGCUUUCUCUAUGGUCUUCAGCUGGAUGAAAUUGGUCUUGAACUUGUGUCUGAGGAGCACCAAAGAGAAUUAUUAGAUAUUGAUGGUUCCUCAGAGGUGAUGGAGGAUGGGAUAAGGAAGCUAAAUACCAUCGGUCAUUACGAGAUUUCAAACGGAGCAACCAUAAAAGUCUUUAAAAAGAAGACAAAUACCCAAUCAGAUGUGGACUACUCGGAUGAACACUGUCAUUUGAUUUUACCGGACUCUGAAGCAAACAAAGAUGUGAAAGGAGCAGGUCACAAAGGAAAGCAAAAAUUCAAAGUGAAAGAAAUGUAUCUGACAAAGCUUCUGUCGACCAAGGUUGCAAUUCAUUCAGUUGUUGAAAAGCUCUUUAGGAGCAUUUGGAGUUUACCUAACAAUAAAGCACCUGUUGCCAUCAAGUACUUUUUUGACUUUCUGGAUGCCCAGGCUGAGAUCAAAAAAAUUACUGACCCGGAUGUGGUCCACAUAUGGAAAACCAACAGUCUUCCUCUUCGCUUCUGGGUGAACAUACUGAAGAAUCCCCAAUUUGUUUUUGAUAUUAAGAAGACGUCACAUAUAGAUGGCUGUUUGUCUGUAAUCGCACAAGCUUUCAUGGAUGCCUUUUCUCUAGCAGAACAGACUCUGGGAAAGGAAGCACCAACAAAUAAACUUCUCUACGCUAAGGACAUUCCACUGUACAAGAAGGAGGUGAAAGCGUACUAUAAAGCCAUCAGGGAUCUGCCUCCAUUGACCACUUCAGAGGUUGAAGAAUUUCUAACUCAGGAAUCUAAGAAACAUGAAAAUGAAUUUAAUGAGAAAGUGGCCUUGAGUGAAAUCUACAGAUACAUAGUGAAAUAUUAUGAUGAGAUUGUCAGCAAACUUGAGCGAGAACGGGGGUUUGAAGAAGUCCAGAAACAGCUCCAGCAAGUAAAAGACUUAUUUGAUGAAAAGAAAAAAUGCAAAUGGCUUUGAGCAGAGCACUGACUCACAGCGUCACUGUGGGGGAUUUUAAAUAAGCGCUACUGCUCCC